CAACUUAUGUCAUUGUCAAUGGGAGAUCCAAUUAUAUACACACAAAACAUAUGUAUAUAUGUAUACAUGGAACAGAAGCCUAGAUAGGUUAGGAUAAAGAAAACGAUCAAAUCUGCAAAGAUCAGUCUCUCCCAAAUCCCCAAAAAAAACAAAGCAUGCAUUUCGUAAUAAACAACUCAUCAUAAAACGACACAAAACUCGAAAACCUCUCCUCCCGACAAUUUAUCAAUUCAUUUCUCCUUUUACCUUAGAAAAUCCCAAAACAUAAUAAAUUAGUGUGAAUAAGUCUCCACUAUAUAUAUGAAUACAUACAGGCCCUAAAACGUAAACAGUUUAGGAGUUUAUAUCUGAAAAUGUCUUUCUCCAUGAAAGGUCGAAGCUUACGUGGCAACAACAACGGAGGAGGAGGAGGGACGGGGACAAAGUGCGGGAGAUGGAAUCCCACGGUGGAGCAGUUGAAGAUAUUGACUGAUCUGUUUCGAGCUGGUCUUAGAACUCCGACCACUGAUCAGAUUCAGAAGAUCUCCACGGAGCUCAGUUUCUACGGCAAGAUCGAGAGCAAGAACGUUUUCUAUUGGUUCCAGAAUCAUAAGGCUAGGGAGAGGCAGAAACGUCGUAAAAUCUCCAUUGAUUUUGAUCACCAUCAUCAUCAACCAUCAACUAGAGAUGUUUUUGAGAUAAGCGAAGAAGAUUGUCAAGAGGAAGAGAAAGUGAUAGAGACAUUGCAACUCUUUCCGGUGAAUUCAUUUGAAGACUCUAACUCCAAGGUGGAGAAAAUGAGAGCUAGAAGCAAUAACCAUUACCGUGAAUAUAUUCGAGAGACCAACAACACAACGUCGUUUUCUCCAUAUUCAUCAUGUGGUGCUGAGAUGGAACAUCCACCGCCGUUAGAUCUUCGAUUAAGCUUUCUUUGAAUUAUUGACCACAUAAAAACAGACGCUUUAACCUUCAAGAGAUGUUGUCGUGUUUUAAAUUAUGAUCACUUGUAUCAUCCAAUGCAUGAGUUAUGACAUAGACAAAGUUGUCUAAUUUUCACUAUUUUCAUUUUGUUUGAUAUAAGAAUCUAUGUUAUGGAA